AAUAUAAAAUAAAAAAAAUACAUGGUCUAGCCCAAUAAUCUAGGAGAAUUAUUGACUACAUUUGUCCCAAAAAUAAAUUUUGGGUUAAAACUUAUGUUUGACUCAACGGUUGGAGAAUGUAGGUUUAGAACAUAAAAAUUGAAUAUUAGUUUAAGGGUUGGACUCGGUCUUAGCUGCAUUCUCACACGUUUGCCCUCUGAAGAAAAGAAACAAAACAAAAUACCCAAAUGGAUCCUGAAGUACAAACAGCGGGUCUCGAGUCACCCUUGAUUCCAGUUCUUCCUCAAGAACUUGAAGUACAAAGAAAACAAGGACCGCUGAGCAAGGAUGAGGUUAUCAAGGAAGUAAAGAAGCAGCUUUUGUUGGCUGGGCCACUUGUGUCCUCAAAUUUCUUGCUAUUUGGUAUGCAGGUGAUUUCGGUCAUGUAUGUUGGUCACCUUGGAGAGCUGGCACUUGCAGGUGCUUCCAUGGCCACUUCAUUUGCUUCAGUCACUGGUUUGAGCUUGAUAAUAGGAAUGGGGAGUGCAUUAGACACAUUCUGCGGCCAGUCCUAUGGUGCAAAACAGUAUCACAUGCUUGGUAUACACUUACAGAGAGCAAUGCUUGUUCUUGGCCUGGUCUGCAUUCCUUUGGCAACUGUAUGGUUCAAUGCUGGUCAUAUUCUUAAAUUCUUGGGUCAAGAUCCUGAAAUAGCAGCUGCUGCUGGAAAUUAUGCUCGUUUCCUGAUUCCAUGUCUUUUUGCAUAUGCAAUCCAACAAUGUCAUUCUAGAUUUUUGCAAACUCAAAACAAUGUGGUUCCCAUGAUUGCUAGCACAGGCACAGCAACGCUAUUGCACUUGUUUCUCUGUUGGUUUCUGGUAUACAAGACUAGCCUUGGAUAUAGAGGUGCGGCGUUGGCAAACUCCAUCUCAUAUUGGAUCAAUGCAUUGUUGUUAGUAAUUUAUGUUAGAGUCUCUCCCUCUUGUAAACACACAUGGACUGGAUUCUCAAAGGAGGCCUUCCGUGGAAUUCCCGAUUUUAUAAAACUAGCUAUUCCUUCUGCUGUAAUGAUCAGCUUGGAGAUUUGGUCAUUCGAAUUGAUGGUCCUCUUAUCCGGUUUCCUUCCUAAUCCAAAGCUAGAAACCUCAGUCCUCUCAAUCAGCCUUAACACAUGUUCAAUGGUGUACAUGAUUCCAAUGGCAUUCAGUGGUACAGCAAGCACAAGGGUUUCAAAUCAAUUGGGUGCCAGUCAACCACGACUCGCAAUUCUAGCAGUACGUGUUGCACUGUCCAUUGUGGUUAUUGAAGGCUUUUUGAUCGGUGCUGUCCUGAUAUUGGGUCGAAAAGUUUGGGGCUACUGUUACAGCAAUGAAACUGAAGUUGUGAAUUAUGUGGGAGAAAUGUUGAUUUUGGUUGCGGUAUCUCACUUUUUUGAUGGACUUCAAUCUGUGCUUUCAGGGGUCAUAAGAGGAAGUGGGCAGCAAAAGGUUGGGGCGUAUGUUAAUUUGGGAGCUUACUAUUUUAUGGGCAUUCCUGUUGCAGUAUUAUUAGCUUUUGUCCUGCACAUUGGAGGGAAGGGUCUUUGGACUGGAAUUAUCGUGGCUCUAUUCGUGCAGGCACUAUGUCUUUCGAUCAUAAUCAUAUGCACAGAUUGGGAGAAAGAAGUGAAGAACGCUUCUGACAGAGUGUACAACACAAUGACCUCGGCUGAUAUGUCAUAGUUAAGGUUUUAAAAGACGUUAAGCGCUAGUCGGGCGGCGGGCUUGGGUCUAGACGGGCGCCUAGGUGGGGUCUAGGCGGACUAGACGGAUUUAAGUAAAUCUAUUAUAUUUCGUGUAAAUAAGGAGAAAUUUGGAAAAAUAAUCAAAAUUUGAACCCCAUAUAGAACCAUAGCCACUCUUUUAAAUUUAUGAUAAUUAUAACUAAAAAUUGAUAAA